CGGUACUACCUAAAGGUAGUAUAUAUCACGUUUGGGCCUCGAGUGACCUUGAAAGGUCAUUACAUUUUACUGGAAACUUUCCCAUUGCCCCGCUCCAACGUGCGCCAAAGGAAUCCUCGCCUCCAGUGGCCAGUCGUUCGUCAUGUUGCCCACAGUUAUACUGCCAACACCGGACGGUCCCUCCACCUCCAAUGCUACAAAUAGCACCACGCCGACGGUUAAGCUUAGAGACAGCUGCCACGCUUGUGCCUCGUCCAAGCUCCGGUGCACCAAAGAGAAACCGACAUGUUCUCGUUGUGCCAAACGCGGCAAAUCUUGCCAGUAUUUUGUCACACGGAGAGCCGGUAGGAAACACGCAAGCAAGAGCAGCAUUCAAGUCAGCACAGAAACAAAUCCAGCCUCAGCAGCACCUGCACCUCCUCCAGGACAAUCCGCUCAAUCAUGUUCAUCUGCGUGGAAGAGAAGCAGCCAAAGCGAUGUGACGACAAGCCAACCGCCAGCAACAACGGCGGCGGCAACAGCUGGCUCUACUAUUCAUGUGAAUGUCCUCCGAGAUCAGUACACCAACAAUAACUAUGACGAUUUUAACUCGGAUCUGAUGACGACAACCUCAUCUCGCUCUUCUGCUCUACAAACACCUGGAGAGCUGAUUAUGAAUUUUGACGAUUUCUACCCUUCACCUAAGGAUUUGUCCAUGGUGGACGGAUCAGAUGUCAGCAAUGGCGCCGAGUAUUUCUUCGGGCAGAGCUGUCUUCCAGAUCCUGUUCCCGAUGCUACUAUGCCCUGGACUCAACUACUGGACAAGGCAGUCUUUAAUCUUGGCCGUGAUUUACGAACACUCCAUGGUUCAGCAGACCUGGAACUAAUGCCAUCCAUCUCAUCGACUCAAUCAUCCACAAGAAACCAUCCACCACCAUCACAGACACAAUCACGGCCACAUCACCACCAACGACCGCCGCAGGAAGAUCACGAGGGGCAACAACAACAACAACAACAACAAGAAAAAAAUCAGCGACAAAACGAGCAGAAGCAGCAGAAAACCGACUCGAGACCAGCGAUCAACGACCCGUCGUGCUCCUGCGUUGCCCAAACGCUGGGCCUGGUGAGCCAACUUUUCCAAGAACCCGCCACUAGUACUUCGCCUCCGACUUCUCCCAUGGCCUGGUCUCCCGGGAGCUCGGUGUCGAGUCAUGACCGGAUGCUCGCUACUGGAUCAGCCAACGCUUCGUUCGCAGACGGGGAGCACGCCAUCGAAACAAUCCGCUCCAUGCUACAGUGCCCCCGGCCCUGCCAGCAGGACAGAUACCUUCUGGCUCUCAUGUCUCUGGUGGUCUUUAAAGCGUUGGCCAGGUACGAGGAUGCGGCUCGUCGGUCCACGGAAGACGCGGAAACUCUGGCCCAGACUUCUCUAUACGGAGCCUCCUCCACCAAAGGGAGACGUCUGAUGGUCGACGAGGACAAUCCCCACCCUAAGUUAGCCGUCCAGGCUGUACUUGUCAAACUCCACCGCGUGCAGGGGCUGGUGAAUACCCUGUCUCAGCGGCUCAGGACAAACAAAACUGGGCCCGGUAAAGAUAUAGAUACGAGAGCAGAGAGCUCAUCUGUCAAGGAAAGGCAAGACAGUACGGAUGGAAGUGUUCCAUUCUCGACUACAUUUCUAUGUCAACUAGAGGAGGAUCUUCGGAAGCAGGUGAGAAGCAUUUCUUCUCGGCUUGUAAAUACAUUGCGGCAGUUGUAGCACUUUAGAUUCGUAAUCUAAGAUUAUGAAUCACAAUAGAGAUGACCCCCCGAG